AUGGACUAUGACAAAGAGGAUUCGACAUUGGAAUUCAGGAAUAUCUGUCUGACCCUAAAGGAUAAGGAUGUAUUGAAGAAUGUAUCAGGAUCAGCCGAACCAGGCAAACUUCUAGCUUUGAUGGGUCCUAGCGGGGCUGGUAAGACGAUGCUGCUUACCGCCUUGGCUGGUCGCUACCAGGGAACUCAGAAGGGUCAGGUGCUGCUAGGUCAGAAACCAAUGGACAAGACCCUGAGAAGAAAAAUUAGCUUCGUCCUACAAGAAGAUGUCUUCUUUGACCAACUGACUCUACGAGAUACUUUAAUGUAUACAGCCCAGCUAAGGUUACCUGAGAAAAUGUCCAUUGACGAGAAGAGGAGCCGAGUGAGGAAUAUUGUCACGACCCUUGGACUACAAAAAUGCCUUAACACGAAGAUGGGUAACUCCCUAAGUAGGGGGCUAUCUGGUGGUGAGAAGAAGCGGGCUAACAUCGGCUGUGAGUUACUUACUGAUCCGGAUGUUCUCCUGCUAGAUGAACCAACAUCCGGUUUAGAUUCUCACGGUGCGAGCGAGCUGAUUAUGAUGCUGAAGAAGUACGCAAGGCGUUAUGGGAAAACUGUGGUAGCGUGCAUUCAUCAACCGUCCAGUCACACCUUCCUUACAUUCGAUAAUCUGCUGCUUUUAUCAGAUGGAGAGGUUAUCUAUUUUGGACAAGCUGGUCGAGUCAUUGAUUAUUUCGCCCAUCUUGGGUUGCGUUGUUCUCGGCAUUAUAACCCGGCAGAUUUUGUUAGUAAGUUCGAUAAAAUGAAAGGAUCUAGAGCAGAGAAGGAGACACUCUUCCGAGCCGCUCGCCUGCAGACCUGGGAGCUCACACCCUUAGGGUCCGAGGUUCGAACCGUGAGCGAGCAUGUGAAUAGAAUGGAGGAGGGAGGAAACGCGGUUCAAUUCAAUCUAGAUGAGAUCCAGCCAGGCCCCAGCGCACGUCGUUCCAUCUUCAUGGCCCUGCCCGGGCUGGGCACUCGGUACAAGCAAUCCCCCAGUAGUGGGGCGGGGCGGCAGCCUAGGGGCAUCCGGGCCUCUUUUGCUCAGAGUGGCUACGCCAUGCAGCAGCCAAUGGUCAGCAGAAUGUCCAUCGCGGGGCUGCACGACCUAGAGCAGAUCAAAGAACACUUCAAGGAGGACAAGAAUGACAAGUGGCCAACAAGUUUCUGGCAUCAGUUAUGCACGCUCUCCGACCGUAACUUCAAGCAGUACCGGACCAUCAUCCUCUCUCGCCUCGAGUUAGCCCGUCAUCUUCUCCUCGGAUGCUUCAUCGGAGCCCUCUAUUUCAGGGUGGAUCAUAUUGAGGAGAGGAUACGGGACAUUACCGGGAUGAUGUUCUUCAUCAUUGUAUAUUGGUCUUUUGAGUCCAUAUUUGGUGCAAUAAGUGCUUUCCCACAGGAGCGGGCAAUCAUCAACAAGGAGCGUUCAGCUGGAGCCUACCGUCUCUCCAGCUACUUCUUCUCGAAGAUCCUGAGCGAGCUCCCUCUCAAGCUUGCACUCCCUUUCUGCUCCUCAUCCAUCGCCUAUUGGCUGGCAGGUCUCAAUCCAGCCCCUGGUGUCUUUGUAGGCUUUACGAUCACUAUACUUCUCAACAACCUAGUUGCCCAUGCCAUCGGGCUUUUCAUCGGGGCAUCGACCAACUCCUUCCAGACCGCCAUCGCUGGGGGCAGCCUCUACAUGCUGUCUUCACUCCUCCUUGGAGGUUUCUAUGCCACCACCUUCCCGUCAUACAUGGAAUGGUUCCGGUUUACCUCUGUCAUCUCAUACACCUACGGCGCUGCCCUCAACAUGGUAUUUGCGCUCCAACCACACCCAAUCAGGUGCAGUACUUCUGCAGUCUCGUUAUUCAUAGAGUGUUUACCGCCACACGACCCAGCGUCAAGCAACGUCCGAGGCGAGUCGAUCGUGCUCAGAGAAGCAUCGGUUGUCUUACCCAUCUGGGCGUACUAUGUUACACUGCUUGGUAUCAUGGCUGCUUUCUACCUCCUGGCCUAUAUGGUCCUAAGAUUCGUCAGGAAACCUUCUUGACGUGAUUCUGAAAAGGCGUAUGACGAUACGGAGUAGUAGAGCAGCUGGAAGGCACGGGAGGGGGGCAAUUAAGUCCCCCUCACAAAUGCCCUAAAAAGUGAAACGGGGAAAGAAUGAAAGAAAGGGAGACGGGAAGGGGCGUGAAAAGGAAAUGCUUAGGCCCCUCCCACACCCCCUCCCUCUAACUGAUGACAUUGUACAUCUUACUGACUUAUAUACACCAGUCCCCCUUCAAUAGCUAGGUUGAAACUACGACACUGAUGCUUUCCUCAAAUCUAAAUACAUGUACUUAUUGCUUCUCAUUGAAAAAAAAGCCAUCGACGCCUCAUGGAAAGAAGAUAUUUCGUCUUUCAAGCUACGUGGUUAUAAUUACAAAUGUUAUUGUUGCAGCGGCGUAUCGAGAAAGUUAUAAAAAUGGUGGAUGGACUUAGUUUCUGGAGUAGCGGGAGGGGGAACAAAGUAAAUGCAAUAAUUUAGAAUUCCAGGUAAAAGAGGAGACAAACUACUUUGACUUUCAUUUGAAGUAUUCAUAAAUCAAUUGAAUUGUGUUAAUAAUUUUUUCCAUUUAUUAGUUUCAAGAUCUCAUAGAUAUCCUAAAUUGGAGAAUAAUCAUAAUUCCUAUACAAACCAAGGAUUUGAAGUGUGUGCAAUGCGUGUCCUUGUUCAUUUUGUUUAUUCUAAGACAUAAGAAAGACAACCCAUAUUCUUCAAGCGACAAAAACUCUAUGUUAGCCAUAAAACUGUCAGGUAAUCAAAUUAUCAACAUUGGAUGACACCGCUGUAUAAAUUCCAUCGACUUUUUGAAUAUAUGCAUUUAUUAUCAGUGUUGGUAACAAAUUGUCACAAUAUUGUGUCACAUAGAUAAAGCGAACAAAUACACAAUAUACAUAGAAAUGUUUUGGUAAAUGGUAGUAUACAGUGCGUCCCAGAAAAAACGAAACCGAGAAUCAUCGAU